CUAUUUUAAUAUAGUCGACCAAGUCAGGCGCAAACGGUUCUGUGUAAUAAAGUGGUAAUAAGUGAGCUGAACUAAUGUCUUUAGCGGAAUCAGGAAUUCAAAGAACUACGACAAAUCUUCCCUCUCUUCUCUUGUUUAGUUUACUGUGACAGUUGUGGACGAAGGGUGUACAGCGUCAGUGUCAGUUACUAGACAUGAACGUAUUUAGAUAGGGAUGUUGAAUGCUGAGUUCCUUAGUUUUAAGGUUACAGGACCCAAUGAUUUACACUUUAUAUGGAUUCGCAAUAUUUUUUUUGGUGUUUUGGUGUGCACUAUGGAUAAUUCACUUGUUAGCAAUAUUUUAUGGUAAAUACAGACUGCAUAGAAAGGUUAAACCCUUGUCUACAGAUGAACCUUACCCCGGUGUCUCAAUUUUAAAGCCCCUAAUGGGGACUGAUGCCCAUUUGGUCUCUAACUUGGAGACCUUUUUUACCAUGAAUUAUCCAAUGUACGAAAUCCUUUUUUGUGUCGAAGAUGCAAAAGACCCAGCAAUAGAUGUAGUUAACGCAUUAUUAAAAAAAUACCCCAACGUUCAAGCUGAAGUUUUCAUUGGCGGCUCAAAUGUUGGUGUCAAUCCAAAAAUUAAUAACAUGAACCAAGCAUACGAAGCGUCUAGUUAUGAUUUAAUUCUCAUAUCGGAUAGUGGUAUAAGAAUGAAAGAAGAUACUUUACUUGAUAUGGUAGAACAUCUGACUGAAAAAACUGGCAUUGUACACCAGAUGCCUUUCACAUCUGAUUUUAGACCUGGAUUUGCAGCCACCUUAGAAAAGAUCUAUUUUGGUACUGCACAGUCAAGGAUGUACUUAGGGGCAGAUUUAUUAGGGGUCAACUGUCACACGGGCAUGUCAACACUAAUGAGGAAGACUGUUUUGGAGGACCAGGGUGGUUUGAAAAAAUUUGGCUGUUAUUUAGCUGAAGAUUUUUUUAUAGCUAAGUCAUUCCUCGAUAACGGAUGGAAAACUGCCAUUAGUAGUCAGCCUGCUCUACAAAACUCUGGUAUCUGUGAUGUAAAUAGUUUUCAAGCCAGACUUACAAGGUGGGCCAAAUUACGGGUGGCCAUGUUACCUACAGUCAUAAUUCUUGAACCACUCUCCGAGUGCAUGGUGAUCGGAGCUUGUGCAGCUUGGGCGGCCAGCCUGUUGUUCCGAUGGGAGCCCCUAGUUUUUUAUUUAAUUCAUAUAUUGGUAUGGUUCUUGUGUGAUUGGAUGUUGUUAUCAAUAAUACAAAACGGAUCUUUACCUUUCAAAAGAUUCGACUUCAUCAUUGGAUGGCUGUUUCGUGAACUGUCCGGUCCAUACCUGUUCCUUGUAGCUCUGUGUCAUCCAGAAAUUAAAUGGCGUAACCGUGUAUUUAAACUGACUUGGGGUGGUAUGGCGCAGGAAGUCAAACCCUGAAUCAAAGAUUAAAUUGUCAAGCGAGACUUCAAUAUACCAGUUAUAUCAAAUACCUGAUGUACAUUUUUUUUUAUUAUUGUAUUUGAUUUCGUUAUCUAUUAUUUAUUUAUUUGAUUUUUGUUACGUGUUGAGAAAUGACGGGUACUUUUUUCGUUUGUUACACUUUGUGGCAUACCAGUUUUUGAUAAAAUAGCUAAACAACGUCAUAAGUUUGAGUUAACUUUAAAAACAAUUUAAGUAAUAUUUGAACCAUAUCACAUACAGUUUUCCCUGUGGUUUCGACGUGUCUGUGAUUCAAAAGAUUACUUGUACGUAUUUACGUAUUACGUAUAUAUGUUACAGUGAAAGUUGACGUUUCAGGGAAGGUUAACCUUUACUAGUCACGGUCGACUCUCGCUGGGCAUCUUAGUGAAAGUUGAAUUCUGAAAUAACAAGAUCAACUUUCACUAGUGAAGGUUGACCAUUCUUAGUGAACGUCAACCUCCCCUACAGCAGUCUAGGGAAAGUUACACAGACGUACAAACAAGAUCAACAUCCACUAGUGAAGGUUGACAAUUCCUAUAGUGAAUGACAACCUCCUCUACAACAGUCUAGGGAAAGUUAGAGAGAAAUAAAAGACUAAUCUUAAAUCACGUAUACUUUUAUAACAAAAGUAAAUUUAGAAUUUGAAAGAUGAACAAAUAAGAACAAAAUAAAACGUGAAACUAUAGUCUACAAUUUAAAGACUAUAAUAGAGACGAAAAUACUAUAGUCAACAAUAAUAAAAUUAUUUGUUGCAACAUGAUAAUGCUUUAUGGCAUUUGGAAUUGCAUAAAACAUUGUUUUUUAUGCAGUAACACUUCUUUGUUUGGCACUUCUUGUUACAACUGCACUUAAAAAAUCCUUGCCCACUUCCGGUUGACUGAGUAGUAGCAACUGUUCGUAAAGUAAGUGUCUUUUCCAUUGGAAUUUCAUCUUCUUUUAUAAUGUUUACUGGACAAGUAUUAAACUGGGAUCUGCAAAUAAAAAGAUACUUGCAGGCUUAAAUGUAAAAUUACUAAUUAUUAUACUAUGCGGUAUUAAAUACGUUCAAACAAGUUAAACUUCAUAAAAGUAUUAAAAAUGUAAACUAAAUUGACGACAGGUCAAGGUCGUUCGCCCGCCGUGCACAUCCGCCAGAUGUUCAACAUUCCCUAGGCUGAUUCCGUGAAGGUUCACCUUCCCUAGUGAAAGCUGAUAUAUAUUUUCUACUAUCAACAUUCACUGGUCAUUUCAGUGAAGGUCGACAAUCACUAGCGACGGUACACCUUGACUAAUAUUCAGCUUUCACUGUAACAUAUAUACCUACAACAGAAUAAUAUCUGUAUUGCCAAACUUUAGACUAUGUUGAUUGCAAUUUUCGAUUUUUAACCUCAAAUAGAAUUUUUUAUUUAUAAAAGUAAUCUCUAGAAAAUAUGGUAUGUUGAAGUUAAGCCGUUUUUGUAACAAGGCUGCCAUUUACUUGAAUUUCUAAAAAAAUUGCAAAGCUGAAUUUAAAGACAAAAAAAUCUAAAUAACCAAUUUGUAUUAUACAGAAUAUACCUUAAAUGUAUGUAAAGUUAGCUGUUAUGUAGUAGAAGCAUUUUAUUUACAGGUUCAUUAUUUUCUUUAUAAAAUUUCUUUAUUCUUUAAUUAAAAACUGAACAUUCUUAUUAUUCUUUUAAACUAGUAUAUACGCACACCCAAACUUAUAUGGAAUCAUCUGAUAUUUCCUAUUAUUUCGCGCGAAUUUAAAAAACCGAAUGCACGAAGUCAAACAAUAUUUAUGUUAAAGCAAUCUAAUAACAAAUACAUAACAAUUAAAUAAAACAAUAAAGUAUUUAACAAACAAAUUGAAACUAUGUAGUUGUUUUAAAGUGAAUAACAUAAUAAAUUUCAAUGUUACAACGAAUCAUGUUUAAAUUGUUUUUAUUUAUUGUUUUUGUUUUUAUUGGUAGUCAGUCUUAUCACCUCGUGAUAAGACUGUGGGCACGCUCCUAAUCAAAUUAUCAACAUUUUGUUGUGGUAGGUUGCUCCAUCCUUCAAGAGCAUCUCCUACUAGCCGUGCGGUGUUUUGUGGAUUAUCCCGGUGAGCUCUAAUUUUUCUUUUAAGUAUAUCCCACAAAUACUCUAUAGGGUUAAGCUCGGGUGAGCAAGCAGGCCACUCCAAACAAGGGAUACCUUCUGCUUCAAUGAUGUCUCUAGUUACUCUAAUGCAGGGGUUCCCAAACUUUUUUGUACCACGCCCCCUUUUGUUGAAAUGAAAGCUUCUCGCGCCCCCCCCCCUUUAAAAUAAAUUGUAUGAGCCUAAAUAGGAACAAAACAAAAACAAAUAAGUAUUAGCUUGAAAACAAAACAUUUAUUUAUUCUGCCAUAAGAUACAACAAUAUCAGUUUCCAUUAAAUACAAAAAUUAUUAAUAAAAGAAAAAUAGAUUAGGUUGGUUAGUGCGAUGGAUAUGCUUGCAUUUUAUUUACUAGUAUGCUUAUUGGUGGCUGAAUUUUAGUAAGUGCACAGUACAAGUCACUACCAACAUCAAGUUUAUUCCGAUACUUUGUUUUAAUUGCCACGGGUGUUGAAAAUCGCACAAAUAGUUACUUGAAAAAGGCAAAUAUAAAUGAAGAGCUUCCCGUGAUACACUAAGAUACACUUUGAAAUAUUUGAACCAAAAUGAAGGUUUGUCAAUUAUAACAAAGUAUUUGGCAGAGGAAUCAUGCAAAAAAUAAUUUGGAUUUAUUUGCAAAGCAUCUUCUUGAAGCGAUUCAGGCAGGGAGUCUAUGUUGACAUGAAAUGGAUCAGUUGACAUUCUGUAAAUAAAAUUGUCACAAGUGUUUGGGAAGUAUUUCUGGAACUCUUCAAUUAGGCUCUCCAAAUGGUUUGAUAUUUGGAUUUUCAAACUUGAUCCUUCAUAAAUGUCCUUGAAGCGUGUUUCUUCUGAGAUUGGCUCUACUUUAGAGAAAUUUGAAUAAUUUCAGGGGUUUGCUGAUAUUUUACGCCUCCAAAGUUGAGUAACUAAGCCUCAAUCACAAUGAGUAACUACUAUAUUUGAGUCUCCACCCUGCUGUUUUAGGUUAAGGCUGUUCAACGAGUCAAAGAUGUCUGACAAAUAAGCCAAUAUUACUUGGGUACAAUGUUUUUUGAAGGCCAUGUUUAGCUCAUUUUGCUUUUGAUGUUCCAAGGUGAUUACUUCAUCUCAAAGGUCAAAUAAUCUUGCCAACAUGUUUCCUUUUGAGAGUCGUCAUCGUACUUCUGUAUGAAGUAACAGUGUUUUGUGAUCACUUUCUAAAUCUUCACAAAGAGUUUUAAACAGUCGAGUAUUCAACGCACUGUUUUUUAUGUACUUCACUACUUUAAUACACAACUUUAAGACAGCCAUAAGUUCAUUUGGAAGGGUUUUUGCUGCCAAGGCUUGUCGAUGUAUAAAACAGUGUAUCCCAAUCACAUCAGCAUUUUUCUCUAUUACUAAUUGUAAAUAGCCUGAGCGAAAACCAAGCAUUGAAGGUGCGCCAUCUGUACAUAAACUGAUCAGUUUUUGCCAAGAGAGUUCAUGUUUGUCAAAAAACUCUCACACUGCUUUCAUAACAUUAAUAGCUUUUGUUGUGGUCUCCAGUCUCCAACUCUGUAGAAAAGAGUAGCUCGUCUUUCAUUCUUUUGUUUUGAAUAUACCGAACAUAAACAAUUAACUGAUAACAUUGUGAUAUGUCAGUACUCAAUACUCUCGUCUAGUUGAAUAGCAAAAAAUGGCGAUUAUUUUACUGCAUCAACUAUCUAAUUUGUAUGUCUUCGGUCAUAUCAUCAAUGCGGCGUUUCACAGUGUUGUCGAAAAGAGGUAUUUGAAGCGGUUAAUUUUUAAUUUUAGAAAAAUAACUAAAUUUAAUUUAAUGUUCAACUUCUUUCGCGCCCCCCUGAUAUGUCCUCACGCCCCACAGGGGGGGCGCGCCCCCCAGUUUGGGAACCCCUGCUCUAAUGGUAUGUGGAGGUUCUUAUCAUGCAAGAAAAUUAAAUUUUCUCCUGUUGCACUUCUCCAGAGCCUAACUACAGGUUAUCAACAUACCUGUGAGCAGUUAUUGUUUGGAUGAAAAUUAAAGGAGUUUUUUUACGGAUCACAAUUCCUCUCCAAAACAUUACACUUCCUCUUUUAUAUUUAUGAAAAAAUCUGACAGUUUCCGUUCUUGCUUGUCUUCAUUGACCUCUAAGUACACGAUUUCGUGGGUCAUCUGAUUUUACACAAAUCCUGACUUUUUCUGAAUAUAGCAAAUUUUGUCAAUUCCCAAUGUUCCAGUUUUGGUGGUGAAGACAAAAAUUUAGGUGAUCAAUCUUAUGCUGCCUGGAUACCUCGGGAUCCCAUAACUGUCUCCUGCUGUAUACUUCUUGGCACGAACUCUUCUUCUUAUCGUUUCAACUGAAACCGUUACACCCGUAGCUUCCAAAAGCUACUUUGGAGCUGCUGGUGAGAAAUGGUUGGGUGUCUUCCAGCUAAUUGGACAAUUAAGCGAUGGUUGAGAGCCGUUAUUACUUUCUGGCGACUUUACUUUGCUUUAUUUUUGAGCUUUCCUAGUUCCUGUUACCUAGCAUAGAUUUUGGACAGAACGCCCUGUGUUACGCCUAGCCAUAGCCACCUUUACUUUACAAGCCGUGAAGAGAAAAAGGCAACGUCGCAAUUGUUGACGUCCGUAGUCUGACUUUCGGACUACCGCUUUCGAAACUACGAUUUUAAAGUACAAAUUCUGGUAAAAUUUAUAGUAUUUUUUGAGUCGAACAAGAAAAUAUUAUUAAUUGGAAGUUUGUACAAAAUAAUAUUAAAAGUAAUUCCUUUUAAGUAACGUUUAUUAUACAAAAAAAAAACCAAUAACAAAAAUAUAAACGGGAUUCAUUUUUUCUAAUAAGUAUUUUUCAAAAAUUUAAACGCAGAGUGAAAGAUUACGUUAGGACCAAGGGCCCAAAGUCCCUGAAAACUUCUAUGUUUAUUUUAAUAAGUUACAGGGGAGAAAAACUAAGAAAAUUUAGUGUGAUUUUUAGUUUCAAAUAUGUCAAACUUUUUAUUCAUUCUAAGGGACUUUUGGCCCUCGGUAAUAAAGUAAUCUUUUAGUCUGCGUUUAAAUUUUUCAAAAAUACUUAUUAGUUUUCUCAGAAUUCGAAAAAAAUGAUUACAUUUAAAAUACAGGCGUCAAAAUUUUGCAUUUUGUUCCUUUCCCCUUAAAGUUUGUCGCACUUAUUUAGAAACACCCUGAAUUGAUAAAGAACAAAUCUAGUUAUUAAACAUAAGCGAAUUAAUCCAAAAAAACAGAAUGUUAAGAAAACCGGAGUCUAUAGUUGGGUUUUAAUUUCAGUAUUUUAUAAAUGCCCGGUACACCAUAAAAAUUUAACUGGUUAGCAACAAUGUUAUUACAGCGGUAUUGUUAAAGAAUUAGGCUAUAACAUAUUAAAAAAAUCACUUGAAUCUGCCAACAGGUUUAGGAAAUAUAAGACAUUAAAAAUGACAAAAUUUUUAAGUGGACGGAUUUCUAUAUGCACGCAAGAUUAUAUAAAAAUAUAUAUAUUGAACUAAAAUCAUCUUAAUAACAUACCUUUUAAUGUUCUUUAUAAUUUGGAGCACGAAAUAUUGUAAAAUAUUUCAGUUUCUCUGUAAAUACAGUAAAAAUUAUUUAAAAACAAAUGAGAACUGUCAGAAUUAAUCGGUCUGCCAAUAGAUGUUGCCAAGUUUCAACUUCAUGGCUUGUAAAGUAAAGGUGGCUAUGGCCUAGCUCUACAGCUAUGUCCAUUUGAGAACAUUACUUAAUCCACAAGACCAAUAAUAUUUACCCGUUGUAAGUUCUAUAACCCCACAUGAGGCAUAUUUUCGUUUUUGAACGCAAAAGUUAGUUUAUUUAUUUUCGUUCAAUUUGCAACUCAAGCAAAUAACCUAUACCGUACCGAGCUGUACUAUCUGAUUGCCUUAUAGAUUUGUUUAUUUUCAAUAAAAAGCUUUAUUCUUCGCAACAAUAACAGUUUUUUUUUCAAAAAAAAAAUAAAUUAAUACCGAAUAUAGGAAUAUAUACCGAAUCAUAAUAGCCGAAAUACAUGGUGAUUCCAUAUAAGUUUAGGUGUGUGUAUGUACUUAAAAGUUAUUUUAAAACGCAUAAACUGCAAGAUCUUAAAAAAUAAUUUCACUUAACACUAUGGCAUAUAUGAUGAGCAAUCUGUACCUAAUAUUUGUUUUGUUUCUUUUUUUUUAUAUUCUGUUAAUAAAAGCUUCUGCUACAUCUGUGUCGAAAAAUGGGAAAUGUAUUGCAAGGUAUUGUUAGUGAGAAUGUCAUCAAUCGUGAUAUUUUACUUGCUUUAUACAAUAUAAUGAAGGUCCAGAGGUCCACUAGACUUAAGUAAGACAUAAUUGUAGCAUUAAUUUUUAAAUAAUGUCCGCUGGAAGGAAAGUGCAUGAGAACAAGUGUUUCGGCUUUAUUAAUUUUUCUUAUGCAAUUUUAUACAACUUGAAAAUUGGGCUAAAGUCCUCAAAACGGGGUCGGAGUUUAAUCUGAAAAGGUUGAACCUUUUCACCGAGUCCACUACAGCUCGGAGAGGUAACAAAUCGCUGCGCUGUUGCCAAAUCUACGGAAUGAAACACAUUUUGUUCUUUCUUGAUAAUUACCGACUGAAUAUUAUUUAUUGAACAUUUAUUAUCGUAAAUUUAUUUAAAAAUGUACAUAUAAUAAUUACAAUGGGUGAUUGUAUUUCAAACCAUUCAAUUUUGGAUCAAAAUAACUUUUGGAUCUUCGAUUUGUCUGAAACUUGGUAGGUAUACUUAUACCAUAUGUGGAACGUAAAAAUAAGCUCGGACUGAAGCAUUUAAGUCCGAACAGCCUUCUUUUUUUUUCUCUGGAAAUAUCAUUUUUUGCGAUUUUAUAGUGAUUUGGUAUUUAUUUAAAUAAAUUAGUAUAUUUUAUCAUAAAGUAUCAAUAAAAAACAAUGUUUUAAUAGAGUAGACAUAAACAUGUCAUUAUAAGGCAUUAUAACAAGUUAUUUUGAUUCAAAACAAGUUUUUUAUCAAAUUUUAGUGUAGAAAACAUUAAAAUGCCGUUUUUUUACAUGUUCCUCCAUUCCCAAAAUAAAUCAUAUUCGAUUUGGCUGAAAAUUUGACCAUAUAUAGCCAAAACACAGGACUGUAAGCGAUUAAAAGGAUUUUUAUAGUUUUACAAUAAAAAAAAGUUACAUGCAAUCAUAUCAGAGUCACGCCAAAAGUUAUUUUGAUCUAAAGUUGAGUGGUUUGAAAUGGAAUCACCCCUUAUAAUUAUUAUACGAUAUUUUUAAAUAAAUUUACGAUAAUAAAUGUUCGUUAAAUAAUAUUCAGUCGGUCAUAAUCAAAAAAGAACAAAAUUUAUUUCAUUCCGUAGAUUUGGCAACAGCGCAUCGAUUUGUUACCUCUUGGAGCUGUGCUGGUCUCUGAAAAGGUUUGACCUUUUCAGAUUAAAUCUCCGACCCCGUUCUGAGGACUUUAGCCGAAAAUAAUUCUACACCCAUGAUUGUAAUAUAAAAAGGUAUCUACACAAAAAAUUUUAAAACAAAAAUUUUUUAAGUUAUAUUUUAUAUUUUUUUUUACUUAACACAUUGAUCGCCAUGUUAGACAUAUAUGGCCGACAUCAACAACGCUAAUUAGGUCACAUCUGUCAUAUAUGUCCGACCAAGAUUUUUCUUGUGUUCAUAUAGCGAUGCGUCACUCAUAUUUGAAUGACACAAUGCAUAUUUCAGCAUUAGACGUGGCCUCAUACAAAGCACAUGUAGCCAAAUUUCAGUUGAAAUAAAUAAACAACAUUUGUAUUAAAAACAAAAAAUUUAUUUGUUCAUCCAAAAUAAAAUGCAAAAUACUCAAUUGAGUUUAUGAUUCCAAAACAUUAUUCUUCUUCUUCUCCUUCUUAUAUUAGGCCUCUUGGCCUGUUCUUAACCGAUUUUGAGCUUGUAUUCGUAGCUUUGAUGUUGACUGCCAGCUAUCUCGCCACCUUUUAAAGGGCCUUCCUAUUGGUCUCUUGCCUGUUAGCUUCGAAUCCCUUGCUAUACGGGCUAUUCUCUCGCUGUCCAUUCUCGUCACAUGCUGAUUUCACUCUCUUCGUCUCUGUCUUCCCCACCGUACUAUAUCUUGUAUGUUACAGAGAUCUCUUAUUCUGGCGUUCGAUAUUCUGUCUCUGUGUUUUCCCAGUUAUUGACCUCAGCGUUCUCAUUUCUGAUGUUCUCAGUAUCCUCUUGGUUUCUGCUGUGUCACAUCUUGUUUCUAUCGCGUACGUCAGGAUCGGUCUUACACAUGAUUUGAAUAUGCGUACUUUCCCUUCCAACCUCAUAUCUUUGUUUCUCCAGAUGACAUCCCUCAGACAUCCUGACACGUAAUUGGCUUUAUUUGCUUGCUUUCGGACGCUCUCUUUAACAUCUCCAUAACUACAUAUUUCGAUUCCCAGAUAUUGGAAUCUCGAGACUUGUUCAAUUAGUUCGUUGUUAAUUACUAAUUUGCAUCUUAUGGGUUCCCUUGACACUACCAGGGAUUUUGUCUUGGCUGUUGAUAUUUUCAUGUUGUAGUUUCAAAACAUUCAAAACACAAAUAGUUGAAAGGUACAAUUCGGGCAGUAUGUGUAUACUCUUUUUGCUUUGUUUCGGGCAACAUGUUGCCGUUCGUCUUCUUUCAUCUUGGCGUUACAAGAGACAUCCUUUUUUGUUUGCAAGAAAUGUAUUUUACUUAGGUUGAGAGCCUUUGUUAGUAUCUUCAUUGUAUUUAAAACAUCUUGUACCAUUUUUCCUUAAAUAAUAAUAUUUUCGUGGACUUUAUUUGAGUUUUAGAGCCUGUCGGACUUUAUGCAACCUUAUAAGUUAGAUGCAUUUACAAUUGAAAUUGUAAGCAUUUGCUUAAUGUAGAAGCAAAAGUGUAUAGUUGGUUGGACACAUCAGUUCCUGGUUGCGAGACAUUACUAUUGAAGCUAUACUGUUUUGAUAAAGGACCCCACAACACUCCUUAUGGAAAAGUGGUCCCGGUCAAAUUUAACGAAAGUUUGGUCAAUGAUACUUCUCGAUGUGUAGAUUAAAAAAGUCCGUGGGACCUGGGCCUGAAUAAUUACUAUUCUCGAGCUACAGCCUUCUGAAGUUAUUGGAUUCGAGUGCUCGGUUUACGUUAAGUGCAUUAAUUCACGGUCAAGUGAACGAAAAUAUUUAUUAUUGGAAGAAAAGUGACUCAUUUUCUUCAUGCAUACUUGCAUGUUGUAUAUGAAUUCGUGGUCAAAAAUAGAUGCAUCGUAUUUAAGUCUUCAGAAAACCUCCGAAAAUUCCUCAGAAAACUAAAGAAGUACGAUAUAAAAUGUGCUGCUAGAGCGAUAUAAGAAUUAGCAUGUUUUCAUUCAUGCUUCACAGUUAUGCAAUAACAGCAAACCUGCAGUUCCGCCUUAUCUUUAGAAAACUACUGAACAGUGUCGGAUCUAAGGGGAAUUCCCCCAGUAACACGGUCCAGAACAAAAGAAAAAAUUGUUGAAACAUAAAAAAUACAUUAGCUGACAUGAAACUUGUCCCGCAUAUCAGAUAAGACAAGUAGAGAACAUGGACUUGAUCUCAAUACGAAAAAAAACAAAGUACCUGGUAGUUAGUAAACGCUAAAUAUUGCAAAUAGUGCACCAGCAAUACGGUAAAAAUCAUUUAGUUCUUUUGCAUGUUGCAUGUUCAUAGAAUUGGCAAAGAAUUUAGAGAUAAUGGUCUCUAUGGUACUCUACUUGUCUUUUAUAUGAUAUAGGGGACAAGUUUCAUGUCAGCUAAUGUAUUUUUUAUGUUUCAACAAUUUUUUCCUUAGUUCUGGGCCGUGUUAAGCAGGCCGCGCUGGCUCAUUUAUUUCCAUGUAGAUAUAGCAAAAUCUGCCGAUUGCUCUUAGCCGAGCCGAUCGCUCUAUGCCGAUUCAGUGCGUGGUCUGCUUUACGGUGGGAAUCCCCCAGAGAUCCACCACUGUUCAGUAGUUUUCUAAAGAUAAGGCGGAACUGCAGCUUUGCUGGUAUUGCAUAACUGUUAAGCAUUAAUGAAGACAUGAUAAUUCUUAUAUCGCUCUAGCAGCACAUUUUAUAUCGCAUUUCUUUAGUUUUCUGACGAAUUUUCGGAGGUUUUCUGAAGACUAAAAUACGACGCAUCUAUAUUUGACCACGAAUUCCAUAUACAACACGCAAGUAUGCAUGAAGAAAAUGAGUCUCUCUUCUUCUAAUAAUCAAUAUUUUCGUUCACUCGACCGUGAAUUUGUGCAGUUAACGUAAACCGAGCACACGAAUCCAAUAUCUUCAGAAGGCUGUAGCUCGAGAAUAGUAGUUAUUCAGACCCAGGUCCCAUGGACUUUUUUAAUCUACACAUCGAGAAGUAUUAUUGACCACUUUCGUUAAAUUUGACCGGGACCACUUUUCCAUAAGGAGUGUUGCGGUGUCCUUUGUUUGGUUGAUCAAUAAGAUGUUAUACUACCAUAUUUGACUAACCCAUCCAAAUUAGACGACCAAGAAAUUGUCAUAUUCCUUGAUUAGUUGUCGAAACCCAUUGUUUCAAGCAACUCCAUUGUAAUAUAAGUGCUGUUUUCAUUUGCGCUUCAACAUAUUUAUUUGUCUGAUCGCCCAAAAUUUAUAACCUCAUCAUCAAUAAACAAGCAUGUUUCGUAAGCCGAUAUAGUAUUCGGUACAUUUACCGGUAGGUCAUGCUUUCCUGUAAAAGGAAAAUCUUUGUGACGAUCCUCGAAUAAAUUACAAUUGAGUAUAUCUUAAUAGUUUUCAAUUCCGAUGCGAAUCGUCAUUUAUUUUGUCUUCACUUUCUUGAUUUUGUUCAACUUCAAUAUCUUGCAGUAUUGAUUCAAAAAUUUCUACAGAUUCUUCUAAAUCUAAUUACUGGUCCGAUGAUACCCAAUUUGGGUCGUUCCAAAGAAUCGUCAUGAGUCGUAGUCUAAACAUCUCAUAUCACUUCCAGUACUAUCACUUUCUUCUAGUAAUGCUUUUAAUUCGUGGAGGGAUUUCUCUUUCCUCUAGUUCUUUUUCAAUUCCCUCCCUCCAGCUUCUUCUCAGCCUUCCUCUUUUCCUUCUCCCUUGUGGUGUCCGCGUCAAAAUCUGUUUAGGGAUUCUGUCAUCUGGCAUUCUCUGUACAUGGCCGUAUUUUUUUUACCGUAUGACUUGUUUUGUUUUUAUGUCAUCAAUUAUUGUGUGACUCACAUCAUUUCUCGUAUUCUCUCAUUUGGUAUCCGAUCACUUCUUGAUUUGCCUGCUGCUCUUCUCCAGAAGUCCAUUUCUAUUACUAGUAACAUUUUCUCUGUUCUUAGUUUCAGUGGCCAAACUUCACUGCCAUAUAUGUGAUUAUACUUUUAAGUAUGGUAUUGUAUAUGAGCUGUUUGUUCGCUUUAGAUAUUGUCUGGUCCUACAUAAUGCCGUUCAUCAUGGAUAUGGCUUUUCUACCCUGUAUGUUUCUGUCUUUUAUAGCAGCUUCGAGUGUUCCAUCUUGAUUUAUCUUCAUGCCCAGGUACUUGUAUUCAUCACAGUGUUUAAUUUCUACCCCAUCGUCUAAUGUAAUGGACUGCUUUGUCCCUCCGAUACACAUGGCUUCAGUUUUCAUAAUGUUGACUUCUAGACCCCAUUUGUUAUAUUGUUUUAUUAGCUUCCGUGCGUUUAACGCAAAUCGUCAUGAUCCUGAGCAAUCAGGAUAUGGUCAUCAGCGAAACAUAAAGUGUAUAGUGUUGUUUCGUCGUUGAGAGGGAUUCCCAUGCCAUUACAUUUUCUUUUCCACAGCUUGUAACGGGUAGCUCUUUUAAGACGACAGAAUCAGUAAAACACAGGUUAAAAAAUAAAGUAAAUAUAUUUAAGAUAAUUAUAUACAGUUUAAAAUGAAUAAAAUAAAAUAUAUUUAUAUCUUCUGCAAAUGAAAAGCAAUAUCAUACUUCUUACUGCCAUCCGAACAUAAUAUUAAACUGAUACGAUAAACAAUACAAUAUAUACAAUAACAAUUUCGCUACGUUAAAUCAACAUAGCCAUAUAUCCCGACUCGGAGACACCGCAUUUCACUUCAAUGCGACACGGUUGAACAGCGACACGCAGUCACUCGUUCCUCGCCACUACCGCCUACUGUGGUAACGGUUACAGUUCCAUCUCAAAUACGGUGCAUCUCUGCCAAUCGAGCUAUUGCUAAUUCAACACGUUAGCAACAACUGAUUUUCUCAUUCUCCUGGCUCGUCUUAAAUAUGCGCUCGAUGCCACUUCUCCUUCAGUCUUUUUUCCCCCAGCGGUGUUAUGAAGAAGGAAUGCGCCAAUACGGACACUCCUACGGUCUUCUCUGGUAGACCAGCUCAUCGCUUGCCGUGGUAUCAUAUCGUUACAAGCUUAAGUGCUUGUUCCAGAUAAAUUUUGAAAAGGGUAGGCGAAAUACAGCAACACUGCUUCAAUCCUUCCGUGACGUUAAAUCCCUGAGACAUCCUUGAUCCAGUUUUAAUUUUUGCACUCGUUCCAUUAUACAGACUUUGGACUGCUUUGAUAAUCAUGUUUAAUGUUGGUUUGCUGUAGGGUUGACCAUAGUUUGCUGAGGGGCACACUGUCAUAUGCUUUUUGUAAGUCUACGUACACCAGAUGAACAGACAUCAUUUUAAAAAUAUGUUUCUCUACGAAAUAUGAUAUGUGUUACAAAUCCUGAUACUGGUUGGUUAAAUUAAUAAACGUAAUUCCAAAUUGUAACUGUAAUAAAAGUUAGUCUCCACGUUAACAAAAAUAAACAGAAUAAUUCAACUUUGACAUUACGAAUUGUCGAUGUUACGAACUGUUGCCGUUACGAAUUGAUGGCGUUACCAUUUGUGAGGUUACGAACUGUCGCGUUACGAGAUGUUUCGUCACGGAAAUUAUACACCCAGGCUAGCUCUGGCGAUCAGUGUGUUAAAAUGCACCAACUAUAAGAGUACUUUGUUAUUUUAAUUUAUUUAUCUUGUUAUAAUCGUUUUAUAAUUCUUAUUGUAUUGUUGUGUAUAUAGGUAUAUAUUUAUUUCAAAAAUAUAUUUUACUAAUCUUGCUCAUAGUUACUAAAGCGCGAAUGGGAAAUAUGAUAAAGAAGUAAAUUAUUUGGAGAAAUAAUUUAGGAUUUGAAAGAAGAUACUAAUUGAUAAUAUUUGAAUAAAUGAACUCCUAAAAAAAGUCUGUUAAACUACUGACUGUUUAUACACGGUGGUCUUUUAGUAAAGAGAUAUGGCAACUACGUACCUCUUCCCUAAAGUAUCUUUAUAAACGAUUCCCUAAAGUAGAAAAUAAGAUAGUACAUAAUUUAUUUAAAGAAAAAUAUUAUGUUAUCUGUAUUGGCUUAUCGUGUAGUGGAUAUGCAAAAAAAUUUCUAUUUACCAUUUCUAGUUGCACUAAGUACCCCUCAACUAAAGAUUAUGGAACUAAACAAAUAUGUAAUAAUGUUCAUUUGACGUUUUUUAAUAUCAAUAAUUGGUUUCAGACAAGCUAGGCCGAUAUAUGUUAAUAUAUGAUUACGUAGUAGUCUAUUUUCCAUUACUAAUGGACAAUUAUGUAUAAGACUACUAUAAGUUAUGUUAAGAUCUCUUCUAUACUAUUAAGAAACGUAUUUUUGUACAAUUUCUAUUGUAAUAAUGAAUACCAGAACUAUACUUCUAAAUGUUCACUCUUUUUUCUUAUAUACAUACCUUGAAGUACUUUUAUUAUACAAUAUAGAGAAGACCGCUACGCUACUGGUUGAUGCAUAUUUUGUUCUUUUAAGAUAGUACCAAGUUUUUCAGCCUUUCGAUAUAGUUCUACUAAUAAUAGUUUCUGCCUCUCAGUACCUCUACGGCUUAUACACUGCGCGUCAUAGAAAACGGGCACCCUAAAAAAUGGGUCAUUUUUGAUGUCGUGUAUCUCCUAAACCUGUUGUCCGAUUUAAGUGAUUUUUUGAAUAUGUUAGGUAUAGCCUUAUUCUUUGUCAAUAUCGCUGUAAAAAUAUUUUCGCUAAACAGGUAAAUUUUCAUUGUAUACCGGGUGUACGAAUCAAACUGUGUUUUUUUCUCAAAAUUCGCAACACCCUGUGGAAUAUUCUAGCAUUUAUAAAAUACUGAAAUUAAAACCCAAUUAUAGCCUCAGGUUUCCUCAACAUUCUGUUUUUUGAUUCAUUCGCUUAUGUUGGAUAAUACAAAAGUUAGGUACUUGUAACAACUAGCCAUGUUCUUUUUCAGUACAGGGUGUUUCUAAACAAGUGCGACAAACUUUAAGGGGUAAUUCUGCAUUAAAAAAUAAUGACAGUUUGCUAUAUAAUCGUAUGUCCGCAAAUGCUUCGUUUCCGAGAUACGGGAUGUUGAAUUUUUUCUUACAAACUGACGAUUUAUUUAUUGCUUUAAAACCGGUUGAGAUAUGCAAAUGAAAUUUGGUGGAUUUUAAGACGUAGUUGUUGCACAUUUUUGACAUACAAUUAAGAAUUUUAUAUUUUCCAUUGGCGUGCAUAUGGGUAAUAUUAUCAGUCAUAUUACCCGUAUGCACCUCAAUAGUUAAUAUAAAAUUCUUAGUUGCAUGUCAAAAAAUUCACAAUAACUAUCUCUUAAAACCUACCAAAUUUCAUUUGCAUAUCUCAACCGGUUUUAGGUAAUAAAAUAAGUGAUCAGUUUGUUAAAAAAAAUUCAACAUCCCGUAUCUCGUAAACGAAGCAUUUACGGACAUAAGUUUAUAAAGCAAACGGUCAUUAUUAUUUCAUGCAGAAUUGCCCCUUAAAGUUUGUCGCACUUUUUUACAAACAACCUAUACUGAUGAAGAACAUGACUAGUUGUUAAAGUACAUAACUUUGGUAUUAUCCAACAUAAGAGAAUUAAUCAAAAAACAGAAUGUUAAAAAAACCUGAGGCUAUAGUUGGGUUUUAAUUUCAGUAUGUAUUUUAUAAAUGCUAGAAUAUUCCACAGGCUGUUGCGAACUUUGAGAAAAAAACACAGUUUGAUUCGUACACCCGGUAUACAAUGAAAAUUUACCUGUUUAGCAAAAAUAUUAUUACAGGGAUAUUGACAAAGAAUAAGGCUAUAACAUAUUCAAAAUAUGUAUCACUUAAAUCGGACAACAGGUUUAGGAGAUACACGACAUCAAAAAUGACCCAAUUUUAGAGUGCCCGUUUUCUAUGAUGCGCAGUGUAUGUAUAUGAAAGAAUAUGUCGGACGAUUGGCCUCCUUGUCUUUGCCAAUAGAUCAUUUUGCAUAAAAAUAAUUUAUUUAAAAUAUAUCUUAUUUUUUAUAUACAUUUCGUUGAUUUGUCGCUUUUACAAGGCAUGUGCCUGCACUUUGGAAUUCAAAAAACUGAUUUCCAGAGGUUUCCUCUUGUGACCAAGACGACAAAAGUAGAAAUGCAAUUCUAUACUUUACUAUUUGUUUGCAACUGCCAGCUCAAUACAAAUGCAAAUCUUCACUAAUCUGUAAACAGCACUACAGCAGGUAAAGUGGUCAAACUAAAAUCACUCAAAUUAAUAUCCUCUAUACUAAAUUUACAAUCAAGAUGCAGUAGAAAUAAACAAACCAAGACACGUUAAAUGCUACUAGGAGCACUCCCGAAUCAUAAUUUACAAUGUAUAUACAUUGUAAAUCCCAAAUAAUGAUUUAUAAAGUUUAUACAUUGUAAAUUAUGAUUCGGGAGUGCUCUAGUAGCAUUUAACGUGUCUUGGUUUGUUUAUUUCUACUGCAUCUUGAUUGUUACAUAUUCCCAGUAUGGGGUAUGUUAACAUACCCCGUUCACAUAGAGAUAUCAAUACAAACCUAUGGAUUAUAUACCUAACAGGUCUGAAAAAUCAUGGGUCAGUGUUGGGAGAAUCAAAAAGGGGCAGAUUCAUAAUGUUAAAUAAAAUUAAUGUUAAAGCCGAUCCAUCUUAUUGCUAUCUAACAUUUAAGUAAUGUAAAUAAAUUAAAAACUUACUGAUUUACUUAUAAAUUAUGGAUUUUCGUCUCUUCCUCUUCUUCUGUGGUCAGAUUCGUGGUCCGGCCCGAUUGGAGUGAGUAUAUAUUGACAAGAUUUUUCAAUGAUAUUAUCAACGGUUCACAAUCUUUCUUAAUUUUUUUACGUGGUUUACGCCAUUGGUCCAGUUAUCUUUCGUUACGUUUUUUUAUGGAAUUUAAUAAAAGUUGUUUGGCAUCCUUCAAUUUAAAAGUUGUAUUCUGUCUGGCCACUUCACCUUUUACUCGAGUCCAUAUUAACUCUAUUGGAUUUAGUUGACAAUGAUAAGGUGGCAAACAGAAUACCGUUAUUCCUUUUGUUCUUGCCAUUUCGUCAAUGACAUAUUUUUUAUAAUACGAUAUAUGCUGCCUUGUAUUCGUAAUAUGUAAUUCCGUUUUAAGCAUAGUCUGAUCAUUAUUUUGCGUUGGAGCCAGUCACACAUAUCCAUCGUUUGCAUGAGACUGUCGGUAACUUUUCCACUAAUUUUGAGUAAUUAUUACCAGCAUUAUUAGGUAGAAAAUUCAAUACCUACCUGAGAACAGUAAUCCUCAAAAACAUCGGAGUUCAUUUCUUCACGGCAACCUUUAGUGUUUAGUGGAUUUUGAAACGAACUCAAAUAAACCAUUCUCCACAAAACCAUGUUCGCUACCAAUGUGUGUGAUUAUUAAUAUUCGAUCCUUUUCUACGGGAGCAUUUAAACCAGCAGAAUAUCCUUCUAGAAAGGCUUGUCAGAUAUUGCCUUCGCCAACAAACAAUUUCUUCGGUAUCGUUCAAUAUACUUUUUUUCUUUGAUUUCCAUAGCAAAAACUGAUUUUUUUAAGUAAUUUCCAUAACUCUGCAAAAGUGAGGAAAAUUAUUAUCUGUAAUAUUGUAUCCAAUGUAGGAAUCUGAUUGUUUAAAGAGAACGAAUGAACUUUUCUCCGAAGGAAGCUUCUAUGAAAGUCAUCAAUUUCCAUUGGUUGUUUUCCUUCAUGUCUUUUUGGCUCAGUAAUAUUUCGUUGUUUCUUCCACUUGAAAAUCUGUUAAUGGUUUCUUUCACUAACACGUGGGAUACCGGAGCACAUAGUCACUACAUUAGGUUUGUUUCAACCCGUCACAUUGCCAUUCUUGAAUGGUUACGAGGAUGCGCAGUAACGAAAAAUACGUUACUGCGCAUAAUUUUACGUUAUUGCGCAUGCGCGUAACGAUACAAGAACGGAAAUGUGACGUGUUGGAACAAACCUAUUAUUAACCGUUGUUAAAGAUUGUUAAUGAAGAAGGGAGUCAUGAACAUUAAACACAAGAGUUUUUUCUUUCAGAGAUAACGCGCGGUUUUUUAACCUCUAUUUGAAGAUUUGCAUAUGCAAUGAGCUGCCAGUUGUGAACAAAUAGUCUUUAAUCAUUCUAAAUACUACUAAAAGCUUGCAACCAGCUACGAUCCUCUCUAAACUGCGAAAAGUAUUUUUGGGUAUACAGGUUUAACUGCGAUAUUAUGCUGUACUUAUAUUCCUAAAAAGUAUUGUUUAAUAGUUUUUAAUAGUGGCAGCCCUGUUAUGUUAUACAUAUAUUUGUGCACGUGUAUACUGUAUAUCAGUAAAUGUUAUUUGAUUUGUACAUUUUUGCGCUCAUACAUAUUGUCGGAUAUUAUUUACCACUAUGUCUCAAUCACUAUCACCAUAUAUCGGAAAUAUUUAUUUUUGUUUUUAUUGAAUAAAAGUUGUUUUGUAAUAUAAA